UCGUGGUGCAGAAUUGGGAGGCAUGUCAUGGUCAACGGGCGCGACGACGAUGAACGCAUUUCGACGGAAAUUGGCAGUUCUGAUUGCAUCAAAACCGAUACGACAGUCCGAAGAUCUCAGAAGAGAACGAUCACUGAAAGAUGCCGAUAUGCUCGUAACACAUUAUCACUAGAAGAACAGAGACAAACCAUUCCACGUUUCAAACUUAAUACACACAAAUACCGUCUGCAGUCCGAACGUACCGGUACGCACGCAUCCGUUUUAUUCUACUGGACUCCGACAGGUUUGCGAUACGUUCACGACGACGGGUUUCUCAUUCACCGGACACUUCGAAUACCCAAGUAGUAAAAAGAUGGACCACGCUUUGCACGACGAACCGGCAGUCGCAGCACCCGCAUCAGCGGAAAGCGCAACCACCGCACCCUCCACAGACCCCGCCGACGGCCCGCCCCCGCAGGGCGAUGCCUCCAAGAAAGCCUUCUGUUCCCGGCUCGGACGGUUUGCCCGCGAUUCCAUCGGCUCGAAAGCCGUGCUGGCGGCCUUUGCGGUGACCACCCUCUCGUCCUUUUCGAUCGCGCUGACGGUGGGGAUCGUUCCGGAGGUUCUCACGGAUCGCUACGCGCGCCUCUACCACGGAUACGGGAGCAGCGAGGCCGGGGGGGGAGGGAACCCCCCGGCCGCCCCCUGCUGGGAGUUCGACAAGAGCUUCAUGCCGGAGGCCUGCGUGAGGGGUGCCGACGAUGCCCAGACCGGUGCCGCCUGGGCGGCCUUUCUCCAGAACACCUUUACCUUCUUCUUCAACGCCGUGGUCGGGAGCUACACCGACGUCCACGGCCGGAGGCUGGUGCUGGUGGCCGCCGUCUUUGCCAACGCCCUGGUCCCGGCCGCCCUGCUGGCGAUGCAGCUGCUCCCGGCGAUGGACCCGGCCUGGUACUAUUGUUCCAACGCCUCGACCGGGAUCCUCUCCUACACGGCCCUGGUCUUUGCGGCGCUCUCGGACGGCUGCCCCGAGGAGUACCUGGCGGGCCGGUUCGCCACCAACAUGGCCGGCUUUUACGUCGGCUUUGCGGCGGCGCCGACCCUGGCCGUCUGGAUGGGGAGCCACCUGAGGGCCUCGGGGUGGUCCUUUGCCCUGGCGGCGGCCGCGCUGGUCUGCUCGGUGGCCUUUCUGCCCGAGACGCUGCCGGAACCAGUGGCCGUCCGGAACCGAGGGGCCGUUGAGGAAGAACGUCCCCCGGCGGUCCCCCUCCCUGCGGAAAGCGAGGCCCACGGGAACACCAACACCAACGGCCCCCUUGCGGCGGAUUCUUCGUCCGGAAGCACCCCACGGGCCCGCGCGGCGUCCUGCCUCGAGGCCACGGGAACCGUUGCGGCCAAGCCGCUCAGGGACAUGACCAUUCUGGGCCGCGACGCCGUCAUGAAGCUCCUGGCGCUCGGGUCCUUCCUCGCCGCGGCGGUGUACAGCACGGACGCCUCCCUGAUCCUCUUCUACAUCGAGGAGUACUUUGACGUCAGGGAGAACGACAUUGCCUUUAUGUUCGUCGUCCACGGGACGAUGGGGGUCGUACUGCAGGGCAUCGGCCUGCAGCCCCUCGUCUACGCCCUGGGCGAGCACGGCCUGCUGGUCCUGUGCUUCCUCUCGGGGACCCUCCACAACUUUUUGUACGGGGCGGCCAAGAGCAAGACGACCCUCAUGGUGGCCCUCUCCCUCUCCCAGCUGACCAAGCUGGGUUACCCGGUCCUCAGCUCGCUGGCCUCGCGGCGGGUGGGUGCCAACGAGCAGGGGCAGGUCCAGGGGGCCCUCCUGGCCCUGAACGCCCUGGGGGGGGCCGUCGGCCCCGUCUCGAUGAACUGGAUCUACGAGCGGACCAAGGAGGCCGGGAGCGGCCUCGGGCCCGGGGCGAUGUUUCUCUUUGCGUCGGUCCUGUAUUUGCUGGGGGCGGUUGUGGUGGCUGCGAUUCCCUCCGCCGCCCGAAGGGUCGAAAGGAGGGACACAAGCGGCGAAGAGGGCCCGGGCGCUUCUGGUGCUGCUGCAACUACUACCGAUGCCAGCGGAGGGACGGAGCCCUCGCCCCGGGACGACGGGGACCUAGAGGAACCCCUGCUGCUGCGGCUGGGUGUUACCUCGACGAUAUAGAAAUUGAUGUAGCACUGUUUCGUGUAAAAUGUAAUACUGUCUAGAUAAUCUGCUCUGUCUAUAAACUGUCUACACAAUU